AAGAUGUCAUCUGUUUUUAGGAUUGGCACUGCUGCCUUGGCAGUUCAGGUGGUUGGUAGCAACUGGCCAAAGCCACAUUAUACGUUGCUGGUUACGGGCCUCUGCCGGUUCCAGAUCCUGCAGUUGGUGAAAGAGAAACCGUAUCCUGUUGCUGAAGUUGAACAGUUAGAUCGACUUGAGCAGUUUACUAAUCAGCAUAAAUCUGAGGAGGAGCUUGGAGAGUUGUCAGAACAGUUCUACAAGUAUGCAGUGCAGUUGGUUGAGAUGCUGGAUAUGUCCGUUCCUGCAGUUGCAAAGCUGAGACGUCUUUUGGACAAUCUGCCUAGAGAAGCUUUGCCAGAUAUACUGACUUCUAUCAUCCGUACAUCCAAUCAAGAGAAGCUUCAGAUUUUAGAUGCCGUUAGGCUGGAAGAACGGUUCAAGAUGACUAUACCAUUGCUUGUUAGACAGAUUGAAGGCCUGAAGCUGCUUCAGAAAACAAGAAAACCCAAACAGGAUGAUGAUAAAAGGAUUGUAGCUAUUCGUCCUAAUAGAAGAAUCAAUCAUAUUCCAAGCACUACAGAAGAUGAGGAGGAAGAAGAAGAUCAUGAUGAUGUUGUCAUGCUGGAAAAAAAAAUUAGAACAUCCAGUAUGUCAGAACAAGCUCUUAAAGUUUGUCUUAAGGAAAUAAAGAGGUUAAAGAAGAUGCCUCAGUCAAUGCCGGAAUACGCUUUGACAAGAAAUUACUUGGAACUGAUGGUAGAAUUGCCAUGGAACAAGAGUACAAAAGAUCGCCUUGAAAUUCGUGCAGCUCGAAUUCUUUUGGAUAAUGAUCAUUAUGCUAUGGAGAAGCUGAAGAAGAGAGUUUUGGAGUACUUAGCUGUCCGUCAGCUUAAAAACAACCUCAAGGGACCCAUUCUUUGUUUUGUGGGGCCCCCAGGAGUUGGUAAAACUAGCGUUGGAAGAUCAAUUGCAAAGACUUUGGGUCGAGAAUUCCACAGAAUUGCUUUGGGAGGUGUUUGUGAUCAGUCUGAUAUUCGAGGCCACAGGCGCACCUAUGUUGGCAGUAUGCCUGGCAGAAUAAUCAAUGGACUGAAGACCGUUGGGGUUAACAAUCCCGUAUUCCUGUUAGAUGAGGUUGAUAAACUGGGGAAGAGCUUGCAGGGAGAUCCUGCAGCAGCCUUGCUUGAGGUCUUGGAUCCAGAACAAAAUCACAGUUUCACCGAUCACUACUUAAAUGUAGCCUUUGAUCUGUCCCAAGUCCUUUUUAUAGCUACAGCCAACACUAUAGCUACUAUCCCACCUGCUCUGCUGGACAGAAUGGAAAUCAUUCAAGUUCCAGGAUACACACAAGAAGAAAAAAUUGAAAUUGCACAUAGACACUUGAUUCCUAAACAGCUUGAACAACACGGCCUGACUCCACAGCAAAUACAGAUCCCACAAGUAACCACUUUGGACAUAAUUACCAGGUACACCAGAGAGGCAGGAGUCCGCUCUCUGGAUCGGAAGCUGGGAGCUAUUUGCAGAGCAGUGGCAGUGAAAGUGGCAGAAGGACAGCACAAAGAAACAAAGCCAGAUCGUGCUGAAGUGGGUGAAGGAGAAGAUUGCAGAGAGCAUGUCACAGAAGAUGCAAAAACAGAAUCCAUCAGUGACACAGCUGACCUGGCUCUGCCACCUGAAAUGCCGAUUUUAAUUGAUUUCCAUGCCUUAAAAGAUAUCCUGGGGCCACCCAUGUAUGAAAUGGAGGUGUCUGAACGCUUAAGUCAGCCAGGAGUAGCCAUAGGCUUGGCUUGGACUCCCUUAGGGGGAGAGAUCAUGUUUGUAGAAGCCAGUCGUAUGGAUGGAGAAGGUCAGCUCACCUUGACUGGUCAGCUCGGAGAUGUCAUGAAGGAGUCGGCGCAUCUUGCAAUCAGCUGGUUGCGCAGUAACGCCAAGAGAUACCAGCUGACCAACGCUUCUGGAAGUUUUGAUCUCCUUGACAACACUGACAUCCAUCUGCACUUCCCAGCUGGAGCUGUCACAAAAGAUGGGCCAUCUGCUGGUGUUACCAUAGUAACCUGUCUUGCUUCACUCUUCAGUGGGCGGCUGGUGUGUUCGGAUGUAGCCAUGACGGGAGAAAUUACACUAAGAGGCCUUGUUCUUCCGGUUGGGGGAAUUAAAGACAAAGUCCUGGCAGCACACCGAGCUGGACUGAAGAGAAUUAUCAUUCCUCAAAGAAAUGAAAAAGAUCUUGAAGAAAUUGCAGAGAACGUACGGCGAGACUUGACCUUUGUUAUGGCGAGCUGUCUAGAUGAAGUUCUUAACGCAGCUUUUGACGGAGGAUUCGCAGUGAAGCCCAGAGCUGAGCGCCUGAAUAGUAAACUUUAA